CCGUCAUCUCCUCCAUCUCCCUGGAUCUCUUAUCCAUUUCGUAGAUGGUUUCCCCAUCUUCGUGUCUCGAUUAGACUAUCUCUCUUCAUCAGCAUCAGGAUGCCGCCUUCCAGCGGGCACCUGCUGCUCCCAAAGUUUUGGAGAGCAGCUAGGUUUGCCUACGAGAAGGCCUGCAAAGCCAUAAGGACAAAGUUCCCAGAGCAAGUGCAACAUGGAGGCCUACGAUUCCAGCCAGCUUAUGCACGCAUAACUCCAAACCAGCCGAUCAACCGCGCUGCAGCAAUUCGCCAGGCCCGUCGCCGCCACUAUUCCACUCGGGCGAGAACCUUCGUUUCUUAUCUCCGAACUGGACUGCAGGGCGACCGUGCGGCCUACAAGACAUCCCGCGUUGCGUCGAACAUCAGCCGUCUUACCUCUCAAGCACCCUUUGCGUCAACUCUUCGCCCAAACUUGACCGGCGGUACUCUCGGCCGUACGGCGGGAGGCUAUACUGCAGGGGCCGGCCGGAUCGGUGGUGCCCGGUAUUUCUCUCAUGGCCCAGCUGCACCCGCUCAGGUCAUUCAAAAUGUAUCCAUGGGGGUCCGGGCAUUCUUCCUUUCAGGACAGAAGGUCCGGUUUGACGGCAUUGACGAAGUCAGCGGAAACAAGAAGUACAAAGCCGUGAGCGCCCUUCAAGAUCAGGCUGAACGGAAGAUGACGGGAAUCCCUCGGACUGCACCGGGAUCCUUUGUUGACUUCCAGCUCUCCCCUACCAUCACCGCUUUUGGUCUGCAGAAGAAGUUUGAUCCGUCCGGAGCCUUCGCUUCCGAGACCAUCAACUCGGACGGCCUUUUGGACUUCCUCUCUGCCGACUUUGCGCGUGCUCUCAAGGACUUGGCUGCUGUACUCAACGACCUCAAACGCCUGUCCACCCUGGGAGAUCUGCCUAUCUUGCUUCACGACAAGUCGACGCUCCGGGUGCGAUUCCCUGGCUGUGACGCAGCCACUGUCGAACGGCUCUGUGACGAGGUUGGCGUCCAACGAGGGAAGAUCAUGCAAGACGAGGACUUCGAUAUUCGUACGGGUGCCGACCUUGCACUUCUCUUCCCCUUUGCCCCCAGUGUUCCCGGGUCACCGGAGACGCUGGAUUACCUCUUCUCGAGGGGGGUCUCUGAGUCACAAGCGCCCGAAGCAGUUGAUUGGCAGGCUAUGAUGUCUUCAGAGAACAACACAGAGGCUUCACCGGAGCUUCUCGGAAACUAUGGGCCGAAGCUCAGUUUCGAAGAUGUAACUAUGUUCGGUGAGAAUCCAUGGCAGCAAUCCUCGUCAUCUGGGUAUUCAAGUAUCAAUAUCAGCGAACUCGGCGACCGCGCAUACUUCCAUGAGAUCACCAGUACCGGGUUCCCUGAGAGUGCUUCUGAAUAUGAGGGAUCGGACGGGUUACAUCGAUUUCUUGCCGAGUGCAACCGUGCUCCUCCAAUUUCUUAGCUAACCGCGUUUCCAUGUUCUACACAGGCUUUGACAGUCUUUAUUUACUAUAAUUUCUUUUGUUUAUUGUGCGAACAGACACCGUAUAUCUGAGGUGUGAUCAACCCUAUUGGCUAUUAGUGAAAUAUAUAAAUUGAAUCAUCAUUACCUGUAUACCUACAAGUUCUUCGUAUAUCGAGCCCUGCCUUGUAUGUACUACUACCCAUCCAACUCCAGGUUGACACUUUACCCACUGCAAUCCGGGUAUAAUGCUAGCGCGGUCAGCCUCUAUAUUGGAUCAAACACGUUAUGAGCUACAAAGGAACGAACGAUCCACUCCAGUGGGAGAAAAGGGAGAAAGUAAAGUAAUCGAGCACUGGCGACUCCUUGAUACAGGAGUAUUGCUCUAUUAGCAACGUCAAUGAAGUUGACCUUGGUUGAUACUAAUGUACCAAUGAUAUCCUUCAAUAACAUUCCUUUCACCAACCAACGAUAUGAAAUGUAUGACAAUAGACUGAAGUACAGCGUAAAGGAAGAUAAACUUCUGUUUAUACUAUCCCAGACGGAACUACAAGAAAUCCGUUUGAUUCAGUCCAUUACCGUCUCG